AUGUAUGAGGGGGGAGGGGCCGCGGCCCGGCGAGGCCCCGCCCCCCCGCCCCUCCCCCCUCCGGCGGACCGCCCCGGCUCUCGGCGCUGCCGCCGCUGCCUGAUCACGUUCCCGGACGCGGCGUUCGCCGCCCGCCACGCCCGGCGGCAGCACCCGCGCGACUUCGCGGCGUCGGCGGCGCUGCGCGGGGCGGGGCGGGGGAGGGGGAGGGGGAGGGGGGGAGGGAGGCGGUUGGCUUGUACGGAGUGUGGGCGGGGCUUCGCCGGGGAGGGGGCGCUGCACCGCCAUUACAUCCGGCACGCGCGGGGGGAGGUGUGA